AUGAAUCCAAGUCAGACCCUGCAGCUCCGCGAAACUGAUACCUCUGGUACUGAUAAAUUUCUAAAACUCAUCGCGAGUCCCUUUGAGUCAGAGGUAAGUGCGUUCACAGUUAGUGCUGUCUGGGCCUCACUAGGUACUUCCGUCGGCGUCUCCGUCCUUUUCACCCUCCUCUUCUCCCUUUUUCGACCUCAUCACACUCUUGUCUAUGCCCCUAAGAUCAAACAUGCCGAUCCUAAGCAUACACCACCAGCGGUGGGUAAGGGGAUAUUCUCUUGGAUCAAACCGGUUAUCCAUACCCGGGAACCCGAACUCCUUGAGACUAUCGGAUUAGACGCUACUAUCUUUCUACGCUUCACCAAGAUGUGUCGCAACAUCUUCAUCAUUAUGAGUAUCAUCGGAUGCGCGAUUAUGAUACCGGUCAACGUCAUUGAGAGCCGUAGCAAUAGCUUUACUGAAUCUCUGUCAGCGUUCAGCACGAUGACACCCUUGUAUGUGACCAGCACAACCGCCAUUUGGAGCCAGGUAGCAUGCGCUUGGGUUUUCGACAUUAUAAUCUCCUUCUUCCUUUUCAGGACCUACCAGGCCGUGCGAAAAAUGCGACGACAGUAUUUUCAAAGCUCCGACUAUCAACGGAGUAUGCACGCGCGAACGCUGAUGAUCACUGAUAUCCCACCCUCCGAUCGCUCCGAUGAGGGUAUCCUGCAAAUUACCGAUGAGGUUAAUCACACAGCCUCCCUUCCCCGUGCCGCUAUUGGCCGUAACGUCAGAGACCUGCCUAAACUCAUCAAGGAACAUGAGGAACAUGUAAGGAAACUGGAGUCGGUAUUGGCGAAGUACCUGAAGCGCCCCGACCAACUGCCCGCGAAGCGGCCCCGUAUGCGCCCUCCCCGAAGUUAUCGUAAAAAGAACUCCGACGGUAAGGUGGAUACGAUCGACUUCCUUACAAUACGCAUUCGUGUACUCGAGGAAGAGAUCAAGCACGGACGAACGUCAAUUGAUCGCCGAAAUGCUAUGCCAUUUGGAUUUGCUAGUUGGGAAAAUAUUGAACAUGCACAUUCGGUAGCAUGGAAUGCCCGCCGAAAACAUCCCAUGGGCACCACUGUUCGACUUGCUCCGCGACCAAACGAUCUAAUUUGGGAGAAUUUACCUCUUUCAAAGCCCGCGCGUAAGUGGAAGCGAUUUGCAAAUUUCAUCUGGGUCACUGCAUUGACUGUUGUGUGGAUUGUGCCCAACGCUCUGAUUGCUGUUUUCUUAUCCGACUUUUCCCAUCUGGGUUACGUUUGGGAAGACUUCGACAAUUUGAUUAAGGCCCAACCGAAAGUCUGGGCUGCCAUUCAAGGUAUUGCAUCUCCAGCUGUUACCUCACUUGCCUAUUUGGUGCUUCCGAUCAUCUUUCGACGCCUCUCUAUUCAAGGUGGCAGCAAGACGAAGACUUCUCGCGAGCGACACGUCCUUGGCCAACUUUAUGCCUUCUUUGUUUUCAACAACUUGAUAGUGUUCUCGCUCUUUUCCGCGGCGUGGACUUUCGUGUCAACGGUGAUAGAUAAGAAAAAUGAUGAGAGUACCUGGAAGGCCAUGGUGGAUGGACAGCUCUAUUACAAGAUGAUCAGUGCCUUGUGUAAUGUGUCUCCAUUCUGGGUAACCUGGCUUCUGCAGCGCAACCUGGGCGCCACCAUUGAUCUCGCACAGAUGAUCACUGUCGCGUGGGUAUGGUUUUCUAAAACGUUCUUGUCACCCACACCUCGCCAGGCAAUUGAGUGGACGGCACCCCAACCCUUUGACUACGCUACCCACUACAACUACUUCCUGUUCUAUUCUACAGUCGCCAUGUGCUUCGCCACUCUGCAACCAAUUGUCUUGCCAAUAACCGCAUUGUACUUUGGUCUUGACGCCUUGUUGAAGAAGUACCUGCUCCUGUACGUUUUCGUGACCAAGAAUGAGUCCGCCGGUGCGUAUUGGCGUCCCUUGUUCAAUCGUAUGGUGUUUGCAACCAUCUUGUCCAAUAUCAUUAUUGCCAUGGUCACCAAGGUCAAGGGCACUUGGACUAUGGUCUUUUGCGUGAUCCCGCUGCCAUUCUUAAUGAUAGGCUUCAAGGUUUACUGCAGUCGGGUUUUUGAUGCAGACAUCAAGUACUACCGCCGCGGUAAUCUGACUGAUGCUGAGGCUCUGGCCCCUGGUAAACCCGGCUUCAGCAAGAAGGCAGCCGAAAAGCUUAACGCCAAGUUCGGCCAUCCAGCUCUUUUCAAACCGCUCAUCACUCCCAUGGUCCACGCUAGGGCAGCCGAGGUGCUUAAAGAUAUCUACGCAGGCCGUCUAGAGUCUGGUGAAAUGGCUGGCGAGUAUUCAGACAUUGCCAUGAAUCCAAUGCUUCCAAAUGAGCCCGGCAAGAUUGACGAGGCAGCACCCUUCGAAGUCGUUCCCGAGAACCAUCUAGACUUCUCAUACUUCAAGGAUCGCUACGAGUUCCAAGAAGAGUUCGGCGGAGGCAUCUACGGCAGACCAGAAGAUUUGAUGACAGAACGCUCGCACACCCCACGCCCAACAUUGGGAGCUGAGUGGUCACCCACGUCAUCGCGUGCUUCUUCUCCCGCCCCAUCACAUGAAGGCCGUCAAUCUCCCCAUCCAGCCUUCCAUACACCGCUAUCACAGUUAUAUAACGCCGACCCAGUUGACGAAAGCGAGUCUAGACUCCUCAAUCAUGCACAGGCCCCUGGGCAGGUAGAGUCGGCCUCUCCACUUGACCGAUGGCGGUCUGGUGGCUACGGCCCCGUGUACCAGCAAGACGAGGAAACCGAGGACACAUCGUAUGAUGCGUACCGACAGGGCAAUCGCUAA